AGUGAACCGAGGGGGAGGGGGUGUCCCGUCGGCACGCGCAGACAGCGCAGACAGCAGGGAGCAGCUGCAGCAGGAGGACCUGGUAAUCAUUUACUCCAGUGCAAGUCACAUAUUCCUAUUUAGCUUACAAUUCUAGAACCACAUUGUAUCAACGACAUCUAAAAUGGUAGAUCGUGAGCAACUGGUGCAGAAAGCCAGGCUGGCUGAACAGGCAGAGAGAUAUGAUGAUAUGGCAGCUGCCAUGAAAUCGGUCACAGAGCUGAACGAGGCUUUGUCCAAUGAGGAGAGGAACCUUCUUUCGGUGGCCUAUAAGAACGUGGUCGGGGCGCGGCGUUCUUCCUGGCGUGUCAUCUCCAGCAUCGAGCAGAAGACCUCGGCCGACGGCAACGAGAAGAAGAUCGAGAUGGUGAGGGCCUACAGGGAGAAGAUCGAGAAGGAGCUGGAGGCCGUGUGCCAGGACGUGCUCAACCUCCUGGACAACUUCCUCGUCAAGAACUGCAACGAGACCCAGCACGAGAGCAAGGUGUUCUACCUGAAGAUGAAGGGAGACUACUACCGCUACCUGGCCGAGGUGGCCACGGGUGAGAAGAGGGCUACCGUGGUGGAGUCCUCCGAGAAGGCCUACAGCGAGGCCCACGAGAUCAGCAAGGAGCACAUGCAGCCCACCCACCCCAUCCGCCUGGGCCUGGCUCUCAACUACUCCGUGUUCUACUACGAGAUCCAGAACGCCCCCGAGCAGGCCUGCCACCUGGCCAAGACCGCCUUCGACGACGCCAUCGCCGAGCUGGACACCCUCAACGAGGACUCCUACAAAGACUCCACUCUCAUCAUGCAGCUGCUACGAGACAACUUGACACUGUGGACGAGCGACCAGCAGGAUGACGAGGGAGGGGAGGCCAACAACUAAAGAGUCCGAGCUCCUGAUCCCCCAACACACACAACACGCGCGCUCACAAAUGACAAGUAAAAAAUACAAAGUUCAUAGAAAUUAAAAAUGGGGCCGGUGGAAAUAUCGGCAGCCAUGUUUGCUGAUGAUAUCGCAGCUGCAGUUCUUUAUUUUUCCACAAAUUUAAAGUGAAAGGAAGACAGUUCAAAGAGGAGUAGGACAGAAGAAUUUAAGUUUAAGAAUGACUUAAGUAACAAAAUAAAACCCCUCCUUAGCAACAGUUGCCAAAACAUCACUUAGAGGGCAGAGGUUCUGUCAGGCAGUGGGGCUAUUGGGUUCAAGUGACUGCCUCGCGCUGGCAUAGUCUUCUAACUUCUCCAAGGUGGAGAUGUUUAAUUGUACAAGGUUCGGGAGGAGCUUUUAAAAUCUUAGGAGAAGUUUGGUUCUUGAGCAAGAAGAAAAUCAAGCUAUAUAGCGAGUAAAACCUUGGGCGCUAUCGCAUUUCUAAAAGAAUGAGUUUAGCAAAUGGGUUGCUGAGAGUGAGACAAGGUGUUGUUGAUGAAACAAGUCACCUGAGAGAUGAUAGCUUAAUGGAAUAUAAGUUGCACCACACAAGGAGAAUUGUGUGGAAGCUGUUUGUCUCUGUGACUGAACAUUCAUAACCUGUUUUGUUCCCACUGUGCUAGAUAUGUGUCAAGCCCUGAUAGUCAUACUUAAUACAGUCAGUAAACCAGUACAGCAUCUCCUUGUCAUGAUCCUCAUGAUACAUACACACAUGCAUUUUUUUUCCAGGUACCUGAAUAUUAUUGUGAGUAUCAUUAUCAUAACAUUAACAUUGAAUGCCCUGGGUCAAACAAUACAGAAGACACAAACAUUUUAAGUCACAUAAAUGAAGUAACUGAAAAUUGUAUUCAAUCAUUUACUACCCCAGGAUAACUAAAUCUUGUGCUCUAAAAUAUUUAGGUUGAUUCCGUUCAUCCCCGAAACGACUCACGGAGUCGACUGGAAACGCUCUAUUAACGGACUAAUUACAAUUUGAGGAUAGAGCACUGGAAAUGUCAACUGUAAGAUUAUCUAAAAGUAACUUUUAGGUUUGUGGAUUUCCUUUUUUAUCCAUUUGUUCAAUUGUCAAGAAAUGCACUUGCCUAUAAUACUGUCUCUUCAGUGUUAAACUGCUCCAAUAUUCUCCAUAAUACAAUUAUGUGCAUGCUGGUAAUAUAUUUCUAUACAGUAGCUUGACUUAAUUAACUUAUAUUGUAGAUGUUAUGUAUUCAUACGAAUAUGAAAUGAGUAGACUUUGGAUUAUUUUCUAUUUAUUACUUUGAUCGAUUUUCUCUCACCUGUGUUUUCUUCGCUCCAUGUUCUGAAGUAUGCUAUACCAAAACAGUGAUUGCUAACAAUAAAUUGAUGUGUUAUUGACAUUUCUGUGGUGACAUGCAAUUCUUUGCUGACAGAGGGGAGGGGAGAAAAACAUAAUUUGAAAAAUAACUGAUUUAUGAUUUUGUUUUUCUAUAAGCUUUUUUGUUUAUGCCAUUUCUGUCAGAUUAUGCAGAGAUGUUUCUAGAAUGGCUCUGUGCUUCUGUAAGGUUUAUUCAUGGAGAAUUAUUUGUUUCUUACAUUAGUUUCACUUUCAGGGUUCUAAUAGUGUGUGACCUUAAAUGUGAUUUAUUAGUGGUUGAACCAGAAAAAAACCCAGAAGAAAUAGUGUUAACAAAGUUAAUAAACUUGAACGAUUAAAUUCCCUUAACUAAAUUUAAAUUCUACAAUUAUGUAAUCCAUUUCAACAUGGGCUUUGUUUUGUUUUUAUGUGCUUUGCAUUCAGUGUCAUUUUUGAAGAAUUUGUUGAGACCAAUUUUCAUGGUCUGGGCUAUAUUGUGCAAGAUGGGACAGAUAGGCUGACCUUUGAGUAUAUAUUGUACACUAAAUAUAACUAUAUAAAGAGUUUUUCAUAGUAUAAUAUAUAAUGGAUUUAAUAUAAUGUACUGUGUGUACAGUGUAAAUUGUGGACACUGUUGAUUCUAUAGUCUAGUGUAAUUGUACAUUUGUUCAUGAAUAUUUAGAUAGAUAGGUAUUUUGAAAUGGAAACUGUAAUUCACUAAGAUGCAUGGUUCUUUGGGAGAUGUUGGGACAGGAACUGUAGAGACAGAGUAGUAUUAAAAUGCACAGCUGCUUUAUACCAUCCUCUGGUGCCAUCUUAGUUUCAUGGGGGCCUUCAAAUGUUGCUUCUAGUCGGAUUUCUGGCAUGUAGUCAUCACUGACAGUUAGGCAGCCAUUUCAAAGCUGGAUGCUUGCUAAUUCAAGUCAAUAUUAAGAUUGAAAUCUACUACUGUCACGUUGCCCCCCAGCUGCAAAACCCAGGAAAAUGAGAUGUGACCAGAUAAUGGCACUUCCAACUGACACGGAGGAUAGUCAGGGCACAUGUGUGGCUGCCCUGAAACCACAGUGGGAGUGGGAUGGUUUUUAUUUAUUUGUGUCACCAUUUGUAUUUUUCUCUUUAAUUUUCUGAUGCAACCACUUUACGUUUCCAUAACCAAUGGUCACCAUUUUUCACAGAUGAUUCAAUGAUGAUGAAUAAAAAAACAGUAUGCUAUUGUGUUCCUAUUUCUGCAAAUGUUGUGAUGGAAGCUACAAAUGUACUGAGGCUCAGUCUCCUUUGAAUUAGUUCAAGUAAACUGUGGUGGUUUUGACUGAAUUGUACUUUCGACAACUAUUAAACCCACUGAACAUUCUGUAUCUUACAAUUAUGAUACUGUAGCAUCUGAAUACUAGGAUGAUCCCACCAUGGCUAAAACCCAAUGUAUUGCCCUGCAUUGAAUGCAACACUGGUAUGUAUCAAUAAAACUGUUGGAUCCUG